CUCCAUUUUCCAGUCCUUCCUCUUCUUGCUCUCCUCUGUCCUGCCCCCUUUCUCUCUGCUUGUCUUGAGCGAAAUCUGGAAAAAGCAAAGCCCGAAAAGGCUCUCUCUUCUGACAGGCUGACAGCGACGUAAAAAGAGAGAAAGAAAGGACGCCGCCGCCGCCGCCGCCGCCGCCACGAUGAGAGCGCCGGAGGACGAUCGAGAAGAGGAGGAGGAGGAGGAGGAUCCCAUCGCCAUCUGCAGCCGCCUCCUCUCCUCCCUCACCGCCGAGAUCCCGCGGGCCGUCCACUUCAAGCCCAAGUGGUCGCUCCUCCGCUCCCACGUGGCCCUCCUCCCGUCGCUCCUGCCGGAGCUGUCCCCGCAGCACCCGCUGUCCCUGGACCUGCUCCACUCCAUCUCCCACUCCCUCGACCGCGCCCUCUCCCUCGCCCUCAAGUGCCAGCUCCCCUCCCUCCCCGACGGCAAGCUCCAUACCCAGAGCGACCUCGACUCCUCCCUCUCCCUCCUCCUCCGCCACCUCCACGACGCCGACGUCCUCCUCAAGAGCGGCCUCCUCCUCCUCCACCCCGACCCCCUUCUUUCCUCCUCCUCCUCGACCCUCCUCUCCAAGCGCGACUCCAUCCGCGUCCAGUCCCGCGACCUCGUCACCCGCCUCCAGAUCGGCGCCCCCGACUCCAAGAACUCCGCCCUCGACUCCCUCUUGGCCCUCCUCGCCGAGGACGACAAGAACGUCAUCAUCGCCGUCGCCCAGGGCGUCGUCCCCGUCCUCGUCAAGCUCCUCGACUCCGGCUCUCUCGAGGUCAAGGAGAAGGCCGUCGCCGCCCUCUCCAGGGUUUCCACCGUCAACAGCAGCAAGCCCGUCUUGAUUGCGGAGGGGCUCUUGCUCUUGAACCACCUGCUUCGCGUGCUCGAGUCCGGGAGUGGGUUCGCCAAGGAGAAGGCCUGCGUCGCCCUCCUGGCUCUCAGCCAAUCCAAGGAGAAUGCCAGGGCUCUCGGGACCAGGGGCGGCGUCUCCUCGCUCUUGGAAAUCUGCGUGGCCGGCACCCCGAGCUCUCAGGCUUCCGCCGCUGGGGUUCUGCGAAAUCUGGCCGCUUUCCCGGAAAUUAAGGAGAACUUUAUGGAGGAGAACGCGGUCCUGGUGCUCCUGGCACUUGCGUCUUCAGGGACUGCUCUGGCCCAGGAAAAUGCAAUCGGGUGUCUCUGCAAUCUGAUAGCCGACGGCGACGACGAUUUGAAGCUUAUGGUCGUCAGCGAGAAGGGGAUUGAGUGCUUGAAGAACUACUGGGAUGCAGCUCCGUGCGAUCGGAAUCUUGAAGUGGCGGUCGAGUUGCUGAGCCAGCUCGCAUCGUGCCAGCCGAUUGGGGAAGCUCUGGUUUCGGAGGGGUUCAUCGCUAGGUUGCUGGCGGUUUUGGACUGCGGGGUGCUGGGCGUGCGGAUUGCCGCGGCCCGAGCCGUUUGCGAACUGGGUGUCGGCCCGAAGACCAAGAAAGAAAUCGGGGAAUGCGGGUGCAUCGCCGCAUUGAUCAAGAUGUUAGAUGGCAAGGCCGUGGAGGAGAAAGAGGCGGCCGCCAAGGCAUUGUCCGGUCUCUUGCUCUACGCCGGGAAUCGGAAGAUCUUCCGCAAGGACGCGAAAGGGAUCGCGAGCACCGUCCCGCUCUUGGACCCCACGAUUCAGAACCUGGAUAAGAGAUACCCCGUGUCGAUACUGGCCUCGCUAGUUCAUUCCAAGAAGUGUAGGAAGCAGAUGGUCAGUGGGGGCGCAUGUGCUUAUCUGCAGAAACUGGUGGAGAUGGACGUGGACGGUGCCAAGAAGCUGUACGAUAGCAUCGGCCGUGGCAAGAUAUGGGACAUGUUCAGCAGGCCAUGAGUUCCAGAUUUCUCGACCCGAAGCUGAUCUGAUCUUGGUGGUGACUGUGACUGUAGAGAUGAAAAAAAUUAAUUUGCCCAUUUCCUGUAUGUACGUUAGUCCCCCUUUUACUUCCCACUUCUUUUUCACCAUUUACUUUGUGUUUGUUGGUUCGUUCGUUCGUUCGGUCGAGGUGAGUCCUUGUUAAUAAAUCUGUUAACUGCCCAAAGAAAAUGGUACAGAAUCUCAGUGGGUGACCUAACUUGGGUUGACGUUUAUUUUGGUUUUGCAUAGGAACCCACCAAUAAGUGAAGGUUGCUUUACUGUUUCUCUGUUUGAUUUA